AAACUUGGUAAGGAACACCCCACGUUGUUUUUGUACAAAAUCUAGUCUUUUACCUAAAAUAUCAUUGGCGGAUCUGUGGCGCAAUGGUAGCGCGUCUCACUCUAGAUCAGAGGGUUGCGUGUUAGAUUCCCGUCGUGUUCAAACGCACGUUCCAUGCUUGCGUAAACUUCUUUUUUGGUUGUAAUUAUGGUACAAAAUUAGGGGUAAUUCCGUCAAUGUGAUACACUUAUACAUUCAUUUUCCCAAAAAAAAAAAAAAAAAAUUACUUAUCUUUUCUCCACAUGUUUCGUCAGAGUUUUCAGUACAAUUCUAGCUAUAGCUACGCUCUCCUUCUCCCUGAAUCUCCUUGGCCCAUCACCCUCUUCGUCUUCCUCAAAUCACUUCCCUCCUCAUUUCCCCAUAGCCCAACCGGAAACUCCCAAACUGUACCGUCGCUGGUGUGGUCGGAGAAUGCUCUUUUAUCAACCUACGAGGCUUAAUCUUCACCCUGUUUUGUUGCUCGCUGGCCUAGAUAGGCCCUUAGAUACCCAGAAUUUCCUCUCUACCAUCAGUGUUUUGGCAGCCAUUGCACUCUCUCUUUUCCUGGGAUUCAAGGUAAUGUGGAAUGUUCCUUGCCAUUCGCUUGUAAGCAUCAUCGGUAUGUCUUAAAAGUACCAACUUUUUGGGCUGAGAAUGUGCAAUUUGUGGAUUCUUCUGCAAGGGGAUCCUCUGCCAUGUGACCGCUGUGCAGGAAAUGGCAUUGAAGAUUAUAUAGGUUUGGGGACAAGGGAUGCGCGUGUAGUUUCAUCUCAUUUUUGGAAGAUCAUGUCAAUCUAGCACAUUAGCGUGUUACUCAGGAUAAAAGUAAGUCUUAUCUAUCCUGAAGUCAGCAUAUUUUAAUGGGAACUGCCUGAUUAUUGGUGUGAAGCUUUAUGACUGGUAAACUAAAACAGAAGCAGGCUUCCUUUAUUCAAAGUGACUGAGUGAGCAAAAAUAUGAUGCCUAGUGUGUGCAGAAUGUGGUUUACAUAUGGUUCAUGGAGGCGUCUAAUCAAGACUAAAGUGAAAU